AUGGUGUCGCUUACGCGGCUUGAGGAAGUGGCGAGGGAGGCGGAGACGCUGCGGCGGCUUCUGCGCAGUGCCUUCCUCGAGGAUGCCCCGCGGAUUGAGGCAACCAUCUUUCAACAGUUGCAGAAGCUGCUUGGGCGCUGGCACUCUUCGUCGUCGUCUACUACGCCUGCUGCUCUUCAAUCGGAUGAUGAUGUGCAUCUUCUCAUUGAGCAAUACUAUCUGCAGGAAGCAUUUGCUGCGAUGCUGUUUCUUGCAGAUGAGUCCUUUGCCCAGCAGAGCCGUACGGUGCCCGUUGUAGCUCCCCCGCGGCUUGCGGCGGUCAACAUUUCAAAAUCUGCGUUUUACGUGGAUGUGCACAUGCGGCGCUACUGCACCGAGCUGUUGCUGUAUUUCUGCUUUUCCCGCGUGUGCCAAACGCACCGCGUUGUGCAGGCGCUUUAUCCUCUGCUUCUGCGCGGCAACCAGGCGUUGUUGGGCGGCGCGUCGCAGAAUCACGUGGGCGAGGGCCUCUUUAGCGCAACUCGCUUUCUGCAAAAGAAGAAGUUUCUCUCCAGCCUCCUCAACGGUGUCAUGGCAACACUUCCUGACGGAGUCACUGCCGUGGUUCGGGUCCUGCUGCUCGACGACCGCGUGGAGUCGGGCAUGACGAUGGAUGCCGCCAAGCAGAUGGCGUCCCUCUUCUACACCCCGCUGCGCCACGCGUGGCUUCUAAAGGAAGGCGGCGUGACGUACACGGAGUGCCUAACCUUAACGGAGCAGGUCCCGCUGCUCUCCGCGCAGCUGGUGAAUCUUCUGGCGUCUGUGACGGAGAAGUCGGUGACUCCCGAGGUGGAGCGGGUGCCGCAUUGUUUGCCCCACUUCCUGCAGCAGCAGCAGUCGCUCCGCGAAGGACGGCUCCUAAAGCGAGAAACAGUUGAGGAAAGGCUGCAGCUGGGCCUUACCAGCAUCCUCAACGCCACACUGCGCCUGCCGCCUCGAGGCGAAGAGGACAAGUCGGCGUUUGCCCGCAGCUACAAGUGCUUCUGUCUUUACAACAGGCACCUCCUCACGCCCGCAUUUCGGGCACUUACUUUGCGCGGCGCCGAUGCGGGCGGGGAGUGCGACGAGGUCCUACUGGCGUUGCGCCGUCUCUCUGUAGUGGCGCGGGGUUCCACGCUUGGCCCGUCGCCACGGGCGCUGCUGCUCACCCUGGAGCCACUCUCACCUGGCCUACUGGAGUUGCUUGCGCUCGACGACGCCCUCCCCGCCGCGCACCGUGCUCUGCUUCAAAGCCUGUUAGCGGCGUUAUGGGAGCUACCAGCGCAUUUUGAGGCGCUGGCGCACAUCUUUGUGCGAGGUGCACUCGCGCCUGUUCGGGGGUCUUACUCGGUUGAUCGAGUCCAGGCGAAGGUGUGUGUGGAGCUUCGACGUUCCUCCCCAACCGCUGUGCGCAUACGCGGGUUGCGGCGUCUCGUACUACAUUCGGGCGCUCCAACGGACGCCGUGUGCAAGCUUUUGAUGGCAGCGGCGGCAAUGUGCCAGCAGUGCACCGCAAUGUCAAGUGUCGCUCCUGUAGAAGAGGGAAAGAGAAGUUGUAAAUCGGUGGCAUUUUUGUACACUGAGGAUGAACUGGCGGGGAACUCCGACUGCGAUAACGAGGAGAUUAUGCUUGGGCGGAUGAUUGAAGACAUGUGUCUGCAGCUAGGCGCGGAUGAACUGUUUGGCACACGAGUCACCCUGGAUCGCGUAUGUGAAGUCCUCUUCACGGUGGCGACAAUAUCCACCGCAUGCUGGCGGUGGACAAUGCUGUUGAUUCCCCGCAUUCUCGCCGUGGAUGUCAUUCACGCCGUCUUCGCAGAGUAUCCAACCACAGUGGAGCGGCAGAAGGCGGCAAACGCGCUACUGGUGCAGGUGCAGCGACUCUCAGCUGUGGUAAAUGCCUUGCAGGAUGCCGUUGUGGAAUCCGAGGCUGCAACGACGCUAGAGCGCUGUCUUGCUGUUGUACGGCAGUACGACUCCGAUGCAGCGGUGGACGACGCCACAUUUGCCGAGUGUCGCACUACUUUGCGGAGGAUUGAGGAGAGUCUUGACAUGAGUUCCACUGCGUCGCUUGUGGUUCAUCUUCUAACACUCUCACGCGCCGCGGCGGAGACGGCCUCUCGCUUCUCGCGAAAACCCCUGGCUAGCGCCAGCGGGAAUGCCGCUGAUACUCGUCGCUUGGGUGACGCUGGGGCGGGCGGGGGUGUUGUGCAAUCCGCUAUGCGGCUGCUCGUUCGCGUGCUCGUUGAGGUGGAUGAUGCAUGCGCUGCUGUGGCUGCGUGCACAACACUGGUUUGGUGGUCGCUUGCACGGUUGGACUCUGUGGAUUCGUCCUUUGUGUCGCGCCUUGUGGUGAGUCUGCUUGGCGUGGACGAGGGCAGCUCGGUGGCACUGCGCGCUAUCCUUCCAGGCGUGACUCACGCCGUGACGCCGCCGCGCAUUAGCCGGAUGAAGGUGCGCUUGCUUGAUGUCCUUCUCGGCCUCUGCGACUACGACGAGGAGGGGCGUACACUGCGCAAUAUCGAUGACUACUGCAAGUUGGAGGCAAAAUGCACUCUGUACGAUAUUCUUGCUGAGUUGUGUGGGCCCCAGCACAGCCCCAUUGUGCAGGUUGCCGCCCUGCAUCUCAUUGGCCACUACACGACUGCCACAUAUCCCCGUGUUUCACUUGCCGCAGCUUGUACACUCUGCGUGGAUGUUUUUCGCCACACACCGCACGAGAUGGCAAAGGCUGCGUCUGCCGCGAUGCUGUCGCACGUCGCAGGGUCUCUUGAAGCGAUGGGUACUUUGGCAGCCCUCAGCGACGUUGAUGUUGAACUGCUGCACAAAAUGGCGGAGGCCCUGUGCAGUUAUUGCGGUGCCGUAGACGGCAGCGAUGAUCACGAGGCUGUGAUUCACCACCACGGACGCCGCAUCAGGGAACUGCUGCAGCAUUCGUUUCACGUGCUGCGGGAAUCCUGA